AUGGCAUCCACCGACAGCGGCGUCAGCAUGGCCGCCUACGCAGCCCCCUCGUUAUUCCAACCUCACCGAGCCCGAGAUGCCAUCCGGGACGCUCACAAGAAGAAGAUCGCGCCUCUGCUGGGAUACUACGCCGGCCUCAGCUCGAUACCCAUUACUCGCUUCUUGGCCCCCAUGAACUUCGACGUGGUCUGGAUUGACUGGGAGCACACGUCCUGCAACGUCGAGACCAUGACAACCAUGGUCCACGAGGCCAUCUUCAUGAGCCAAGGCCGUACUAUGCCCUUUGUCCGAGUCCCGGGCCACGACCAUGCCGCCAUCGGCUACGCUCUGGAUGCCGGUGCCAGCAUCGUUGUCCCUCAGGUUGAUACCGUGGAGCAGGCUCUGCAUGUUGUGUCGGCGGCCAAGUUUGGCACUCGCCAAAGAGGAACACGAUCUGCGCCGCCUUUUCGGCUUAUCCCGUUCUUGACGGAUACGCCGUACGACUCGAGCCGGGACAUUUACACAUGCCUCAACGACCAGGCCGCCAUCAUGAUCCAGAUUGAGACACUCGAGGGAAUCAACAACCUCGACGCCAUCUUGACCGAGGUCCCGGACAUCGACAUUGUCUGGCUGGGCAGCCUCGACGCCCGCAUCUCCAUGAACCUGCCCGGCAACUUUGGCCUCGGGGGCGACGAGCCAGAGUGGAUCGCAGCGACAGACAAGUUCUUCAAGGUGCUCGACAAGCACGACAAGCCCUACGGCGGCUUCUCCUUUGUCCAGCCCCCCUUCGGCUCGGCCGAGGGCUUCAAGAAAGCCACCGAGCGCAUGUCGUUUGUCAUGGCCUCUGCCGACGUCAUGCACCUCGCCAACCUCAACGAAGACCUCAAGAUUGCCAGGGGGCUUGUCGAGGAGGUACGGGUGGCGAAUGGCGCGACCAAGAACGGGGACGUCAGCCGCGUGGAGAAGCUGGCUCUGAAAUCGAACGCGAAAGAGAUUCCGAGUGAGUCUGCGUGA